UUGAGUUUCUUUCUAGACAUAUCGUUGCAUCAGCUGUGUGGGGAAAGGAACUGCAAAACACAUGACAUUUAAUUUAGAAAUAGAAAUUGUUAAAGUUUCAGUUGAGGUUUAAAACAUGAUUAACAUUAUGGUAAUUGGUGCUAAUCCGUAAUACAGACUAUUAUAAAAAAGCGAGUUCCUUGUACUUUUAAGUGAAUAGUGUGACUUGGACAAAACAAAAUAAAGCAUGAACAUCCAACGAAAACUAUUUAUUAUCAGGCAUGCUGAAAGAGUGGACUUUACUUUUGGUGCGUGGAUACCCAAAUGUUUUGAUUGUUCAGGAAAAUAUGUCAGACAGAAUCUAAAUAUGCCAUCAUCAGUUCCUGUUCGAUCUGGUGGUCCACAAGCUUUCUUCAAAGAUUGUCCAUUAACCAAUAUAGGACUUCAUCAAGCCACACUUACAGGUGAAGCUUUAAAGGAAGCGAGCAUAUCCUUUGUUGAUGUUUACUCAUCGCCCUCUCUUCGAUGUAUACAGACGUGCACCAAUGUUUUGAACGGAAUGGGUCAAACCGAUCUUGCUAUAAAUCUUGAGCCUGGUCUGUUUGAAUGGCUGGGUUGGUACCAAGAUGGAAUGCCAGAAUGGAUGACUAUGGAAGAAUUGAAAAACUGUCGCUUCAACAUUAACGAGAAAUACAAACCAGUUAUUACAGAAAACGAAAUUCGGAACAAAAACGAAUCAGGAGAAGAGUAUUACAUGCGAAGUUAUUAUGUAACCCAAACAUUAUUAGAGAAAUCCUGUCAACCAGGACAAACCCUUUUACUCGUGGGCCACGCUGCCACGUUAGAUACGUGCACUCGCCAGCUAACAGGGCAUCCUCCACGUUCUUCCAACGACAUUGUUCACCGAGUACAUGGAAUUCCUUACUGUGCUGUAGCUACAGCAGAGGAAGAUGAGAACGGCAAGUGGGCAUUGGUUUGUCCUCCAGUUUUACCUCUUACUCACACAGCAAAUAUGGGUUUCGAUUGGAAACAUUUAUUGUAAGAAUUAUGCUUAUACAAAAUAUACUGCUGAUAAAAGUUUUUAGAAAUAAUGAGGAAACCAUGUUCACAAAAUCAAGAGUUUGUCAAAAUACAUAAAACUUGUGAAAGAACCAGGAUCUUUGAUUAUACAGUGAAAUGCCAUUAUAAUUUGAAUCGUUUUUUUUUUUUAUAUUAGUAUUUAUAACAUUCAAAUUUUAUGUUAGAUAGACCAUUUUCUAGUAAACCUUGAUAUAUGUCAUUCAAUGUUAAAUUGAAUGCAUUUGUAUUUAUGGCAAACAUACUAAGGCGAUCUGCCGCUGUCCCAGAGAGACGAGAGACAGUCAGUACCCACUGUAAGGGACUGACUGCCAAUCUUAUAACGCCACCACAGCUAAAACUGCAAGGAAUGUUUUGUCCUAUUGGGUAGAAAAAACUAUCCAGUCAGUGCAAUAUCUCUAGGCAUAAUGGUUACUUUUAUGACUUUUGAAAAUUGUAUUUUGUUAUAUUACUAUGUUUUAAACUGUGAAGAUGCUAUGAUUUAACUUACAUUUAUGUCAUUAAUAUUUUAUUUUCAUGAUUUUAAAGCAUAAGCAUAUCUCAAACUCUGUCUAUAGAAGUCAACUAAUCCUCUACUGAUAAAAUGCAAACUUUAUAAUAGUUUUUAAGCACUUUGAUGGUCAAAAUCACAUUUUCUGAUCAUGUAUUUUUAGGCAAUUUUCAAUUAAGACACUCAGACUAUCAAUAAUCAUUUGCCACCUAAAUAUGUCCUCUGGUGGCCCAAAACCUAAAUUUGUUUUUGUCAUAACUCUGUUUUAUAAGAUUUUCUGAUUUGUAUACAUAUAUAUAUAUAUAUAGGAUCAA